CAGGCAGGGGCGGCGGGAUGAUGAGCCCUGGAGGGGUGUCCAUGGGGAGAGAGACUGGAGGGGCCAGGCCUGUUGUGUUUAGAAAAGAGAGGCUCAUGGCGAGCACCAGGAGGGCUGACAACAUGCUGGCUGGCGGGGAGAGCAUCGACAGGGAUUUGCUACCGGCUGUCCCCCAAGGCACGAACUGGGGGUCACAACACGAACGGAGUGGGCAGUUUGUGAAAGAAAAUGAAUUUAGCUGAGAUCUGUGAUAAUGCCAAAAAGGGGCGAGAAUAUGCACUUCUUGGGAACUAUGACUCCUCCAUGGUAUAUUACCAGGGCGUCAUCCAGCAGAUUCAGAGACACUGUCAAUCCAUCAGAGACCCAGCAGUCAAGGGCAAAUGGCAACAGGUCCGACAAGAGUUACUAGAAGAAUAUGAACAAGUCAAGAGUAUUGUUAACACGCUAGAGAGUUUUAAGAUGGACAAACCUGCAGAUAUUCCUGUAUCCUACCAAGAUGAACCUUUUAGGGAUCCUGCUGUUUGGCCUCCUCCUGUUCCAGCUGAGCAUAGGGCUCCCCCUCAGAUCAAACGUCCCAACCGAGAAGUAAAACCUUUGAGGAGAGAAUCACCAGGACUGCAGCCACGUGGGCCUGUGGGCCGAGCACACCCGAUAUCAAAAAGUGAGAAGCCUGCCAGUAGCCGGGAGAGGGAAUCUAGAGCGAAAGGGAGAGACGACAAGGGAAAGAAAACCCCUCAGGAAGGUGCUGGAGAUGGAGAAAUUCCAAAGUUUGAUGGAGCUGGGUAUGACAAAGACUUGGUUGAAGCACUCGAAAGGGACAUUGUAUCAAGGAAUCCAAGCAUUCAUUGGGAUGAUAUAGCAGAUUUGGAAGAAGCCAAGAAAUUAUUAAGGGAAGCUGUUGUUCUUCCAAUGUGGAUGCCUGAUUUUUUCAAAGGGAUCAGACGGCCUUGGAAGGGUGUGCUAAUGGUUGGCCCGCCUGGGACUGGCAAAACAAUGCUAGCCAAAGCUGUUGCUACUGAAUGUGGAACAACAUUCUUCAACGUUUCCUCCUCUACUCUGACAUCCAAGUAUAGGGGCGAGUCGGAGAAGCUAGUGCGCCUCCUCUUCGAAAUGGCUCGGUUCUACGCUCCAACAACAAUCUUUAUUGACGAAAUAGAUUCCAUCUGCAGUCGCCGAGGCACAUCCGAUGAACACGAGGCAAGUCGCAGAGUCAAGUCGGAGCUGCUUGUUCAGAUGGACGGGGUAGGUGGUGCCUUAGAAAAUGAUGACCCAUCUAAAAUGGUGAUGGUGCUUGCUGCCACAAAUUUUCCCUGGGACAUUGAUGAAGCUUUGCGAAGAAGGUUGGAGAAAAGGAUUUAUAUCGCUUUGCCAACAGCAAAAGGCAGAGCUGAGCUGCUUAAGAUUAAUCUUCGGGAAGUAGAAUUGGAUCCUGAUAUCCACCUUGAAGAAAUUGCUGAGAAGAUUGAAGGCUACUCUGGUGCUGAUAUAACUAAUGUGUGCAGGGAUGCCUCUUUGAUGGCAAUGAGACGUCGUAUUAAUGGCUUAACCCCAGAAGAGAUCCGUGCACUUUCUAAAGAAGAACUUCAGAUGCCUGUUACCAAGGGGGACUUUGAGCUGGCUCUGAAGAAAAUCUCUAAGUCUGUAUCUGCUGCAGAUCUGGAGAAGUAUGAAAAAUGGAUGGUGGAGUUUGGAUCUGCUUAAUUUCAGGCAGAGCCUGGCUUUGCUAUGGAUUUUUUUUUAAUUGUAUUCAGCUGUGAAAUGUAAAAUGAGUUAGGAAUCUUUUAUAAGGUUUAAUAAAACAUGAGCUUUUUCUGGAGCUUUUUCUCCCUUCUAAACACCCUUUGAAAUUGCUGUUCUUUUGCCACUGUUCUCUGUUGCUCUCAGCAGAGCGUGUGGGUAAAUUGGCAUCAUCAUAACAAGUAGUGAUUGGGUAGCGUCGGCCUUCAAAUUGCAGUGAUUUGGUUGUUUGAAAUUUUGGGGUGGAUGCUCAUCUCACUUUGGUCCACUCUGCAUUAGUGUAAGUCUUCCCCCACCUUUGACCUGAGAAUAUUACUUGUGGCUUCCACCCAUACAUAUGAGAAUAAAAAUGAAGACUCUCUUGAUUAUUUGGGUUCAGUUUAGGCUUUCUUCCUGUACAGAGUGGCAGUAAUUUAACUACAAGUGAUUUUUAAACUGACUUGACUUAUGCCUUCCACUUUCAUACUCAUCCCAUCCGCUUGGAUUUGGUUUUUGUGCUUUCUAGAUUUUUUUAUUGUUAUUUAUUAAGAAGCAUCAAAGCAUACAUUUGAAUGCAAGACACUAAUAUUAAGACACAGGACAAAGACCUUUCAGUCCCAAAUUGCUGUUCCUGCCUGUGCUGCAUGGUAAAGUUUUUCACUUGUUUGUGUUGUCAGUUGUAACUGUAAACAGUUCUAUUUUAUGUUUCCUUUAACAUGUACAAUACUGGGAAAACACUUCAUAUCUGUAGAUUUUUCCUUUUUUUUCUUCCCCCUCCCCCUUUAAAGCAAAUGAAGAGAAGUGCUGGAAUAGGAUCGCUGGUAUAAGAAGUCCCCUCCUCAGAGCAUAGCUGUCAUAUGCAAGCAGUAGCAUGUAAGCCUCUCUACAGGACUCCAUCAGGUGUUGCAGAGCUAGCUACUGAGGAGUGUCCUCUGCUGGGAGUAAUGAGGGGCUGCAGUUUGAUAUAUGUCCUGUCUUCAGCCCUCCUGAUGACAUUGCCAGUGAGGUUGUCAGCAGUGCUGACACGGUUGGUAACCUGCCCCUCUCCUUUUUGGAAAUAGAGUCCUCAUGGGUUAUGUCUGUACUACUUCCUCAGGCCUUUUACGAGAACCACCAAGAAGCACUGUUUUGCCUACUUACUCUUACUCUUCACACCCCAAAUUUGGAAGAGGCAGACAAGUCACCUUGGGGUAACCCUGUCUUGCUCUUGGGAUCUGUGCCUGUGCUGUGGACAUUCCCUAAAGUUGAGUUCACCAUUGGAGAGGGGAUGCAGGGCCUGAUUCUUGACAGCACUCUCAGGUCCUCCAUGGAGGCAAUAGAGAUGCCAAACUGCUAUUGAAUAAAAGCAGCUUCUUACCACUGUUGAUUUGGCUAGAUCUUGUGGUUCCAGAUACCAGCAAUAACCCACCAAGCUCACCACAACUCCUUGAAUAGCAUUAGCUAGGCUUGACCAGAAUUGCAUUUUCUAGUCACUAGACUGGUCUGGUGCCUCACCAAGUCAUUGACUAGUGGGCAGAGAGAUGUCAGCAGUUCUACAGUGUAUGCCUGUGAAGCUGAGCUGUAUUGAUUGCCCAUACUUUGUCUGUUGGUAUUUUUUUUUUGUCUAGAAGGCACACUGGGCUGAGCCCAUGAAUUGUACAAUUUGCUCUUUUCAGACAAAGGCUUGCUCUAACUAGGACAGAAGAACAUCCCAAUAAAUAUCUUGAUGAUGACU